AUGGUGCCAACGUUGACGCCACGGCGGGCUGCGGCGCGGUUGAAGGUCCCUCUCGGAGCCUCGGAGGCGGAGAUCCGCUCCGCGUACCGCGCGGCCGCCAGGUCGCAGCACCCGGACAAGGCCUCGGGCUCCAGCGAAGAGUUCCUGCGCCUCGGCGAGGCGUUGGAGGUGCUGACGAAAGCCAGGCCGGCGGAGGCCGAAGUUGAGGAGAGCGAGAGCUUGGACCGACGCUUCUUCGGGUCCCACUUCGGCUCAGAUCAGUUCGAUCCCAGAGCCUGGCUGGGAGAGGCUGACCCCGCGCUGGAUGAGCUGCAGUGCGUGUGGCGUUGCAAAACUUGUCCUGAGCAAAGCAGCGUUUGCUGCCGCCUGAAGCCCCGAAAACACUCCUGCCUUUGUGGGCACAAGGUGGAGGUCCACGAGCCUCGCCGCGGCUUCCGCUGCAGCAGUAACGGCUGCCGCUGCGAGCGCCUGGAGUUCUACGUCCAGCAGCUGGGCUGGGAAGCACGUUGUGCGUGCAAGCACCAUGUGAGAGACCACAACCAGCUGGGCGGCGCUCCUUGGCCCUGCAGCAAAGUCCUGCCAGGCAAAGACAAGAAGCCCUGCCCCUGUCGGGCUUUCCACGUGGCCUGGGUUUGCACCUGCGGGCACCCCUACGAGGACCACGAGACCAGCUGGCACCGGGCCAUCUCCAAAGCCGUCUUCGCGCGGGAGUGGGUGGCGCAGGGUUUGCGGCCCGAGUGCGUGGCGGAGGCGGAGGAGAAGCGCGCCAGGUGGCAGCAGCAGGCGGGUGAGCUUGCGGCCAGCCGCGGUGCAGAGCCCGCGCUGCAGGCGGUGGCGGCAAAGGCGAAACGCCUACAGGUCUCCAUGUGCGCGGAGGCCAAGAUGCGCGAGGCCGUGCGUGAGGCGACGGACGGCACACGUUUGCCCAGACCAAGCCGGGGCUACCCGACCGGGCAGCCAAGUGCAGACAGGCGCAUGCCCCAGGACUUUACGGAGCAGCUCCACUGCAAUGUCCACGGGUGCUUCGGCGAGGGCCUGACAAGGAAGCUGAAAGCCGUGGAGCAGAUGCUGGUUCAAGACGUGAAGCAAGCUGAGAGGCUUUGGGCUUCGGCCUCUUUUGCCUGGGCCGCGUGCAAGAGCCCUGACUGGACGUCCAGUUGA